UGUUCAGCACCGGAGACCAAUUUGCUUAGUGCGAUAGUAGUAAGGAUGGGAAACAAGGUCGCCCGCGAGGAUUUCGAGUGGGUUUACACCGACCAGCCCCAUACGCAACGGAGGAAGGAGAUUUUGGCCAGAUAUCCCGCCAUCAAGUCUCUAAUGGGUUCAGAUCCCCAUUUAAAAUGGAUUGUGACAGGAAUGGUAUUCACUCAGCUUCUUGCCUGCUACCUGGUGAGAAAUUUAGCCUGGAAAUGGGUUUUCUUCUGGGCUUAUAGUUUUGGGGGCUGCAUAAACCACUCCCUAACACUAGCCAUCCAUGACAUCUCUCACAACAUUGCCUUUGGCAACAAGCAGGUCAAGUGGAAUAGGUGGUUUGCAGUCUUUGCCAACUUGCCUGUUGGAUUACCUUACUCUGCCUCUUUCAAGAAGUACCACAUUGAUCAUCAUCGAUACCUUGGCGGAGAUGUUUUGGACGUGGACAUCCCUACUGAUUUUGAGGGCUGGUUCUUCUGUACUCCAUUUCGGAAACUAAUCUGGAUUGUCAUCCAGCCAUUUGUUUACAGUUUGAGGCCACUAUGUGUCAACCCCAAAGCAAUUACUGAGAUGGAAAUAUGUAAUGCUUUGGUCCAAUUCUCCAUUGACCUUGCAAUCUAUUAUUUGUGGGGUUGGAAGCCUAUUGUUUAUUUAAUAGCAGGAACAUUGCUGUGCAUGGGUUUGCACCCUAUUUCUGGGCAUUUCAUAGCAGAGCAUUACAUGUUUUUGAAAGGACAUGAGACAUAUUCGUACUAUGGAUCUCUCAACUGGAUCACCUUUAAUGUUGGCUAUCAUAUGGAACAUCAUGAUUUCCCCAGCAUUCCUGGAUCUAGGCUACCAUUGGUAAAGAAAAUAGCACCUGAAUAUUAUGACACCCUACCUCAACACCAGUCAUGGGUUCAUGUUAUCUGGGACUUUGUUUUUGAUGAUAACAUCAGUCCUUAUUUAAGGGUUAAAAGAAAAUAUAAAUUGGUUUCUGAAUCUUCCUAGACGCCAAUACCAGCUUUUCUUUCUGGACUUCUGCACCUUGAAAAUGUUUCCCUCCAAACAUGAAUGAUGCAUUUUAUGAAGUGUCUUAGGUAGAUGCAGCUGAUGUACUUUGCUGAAUCCAAAGGAUUGUCUUAAAUCCAAAUAUGAAGAAAUAUUCAAAUGAAGAUAAUGAAAAACUUUUUUCUUUUCUACUGUGCAAUGCAAAACUCAGGGACAGCCAGAGCACAGAUGACCCUGAAUUUAUAGAUUUGGAAAGUAGAGAAGAGAAAGGUAGCUAUCUCUGUAUUUUUUUUACAAAUCAAAGUAUAUGGCUAGGAAGUCCAUACAAUAGACCUCUCUCUAUCUCUGUAGAUGAGGGCUGUCAAACUCCUGGCAUGCGGGCCAGAUGUACCUACACCCCUUUUAGUGAAGGGGGAAAAAGUCCCGAUAUGUCACAUGAUGCUGUAAUGACUUGAGUUUGACAACCCUGCUGUAGAUAGGAAUUUUGCAAGUAGGUGAAGAUUGAAGGUCUCCGUGUAAUUAACUUUUAAGCAAUGUGCAAGGAUGUGGGAAUUCCUCAUCUCAUACUAUUGUGAUGGGCAAUGGUUCUGAGAACUAUAAAAAUUAUCCAUCUAGAUAGACCACAGGUGUGGAACAAUGACUCCUUUAUGACAUGAGGAUUUCAACUCCCAGAAACCCUGAGCCAUUAUGGCUGGCUCAGGAAUUCUGCAAGUUGAAGUCCACAUGUCAUAAAAAGCCAUUGUUUCCCAUCCCUGAUCUAGACAGAAAAAUUUGCCAAUGCAUAUGAGUUGCAAUAAUUAAAUCAGACCUCCGCACUGCUGGUUACAAAGUACCCAGCUGUGUAUAUUUAAAAUGAUUGAAUAGCAGGCACCUCUGUUUAUGAUUUUUAAGUUAUUUAAAGAGAAAGCCCAUAUGUACCUACUUCGACAUAUUCUCUAAUACAAUCAUCAAGGUGAAUAGGUUAGGAUUGCAGCCUAAAAUGGAUUGAGGCAAGUAUAUUCUUAAUACAGUCAUGUGCAAGUAUGGCGAUAACACAGCCUGAGAGCAAUGAAUAUAGUUUGCGUGCUUCAGUGCUUGGUAUUCCUAAUUACAUGAAGAGCAGUAGUUAAUAUUGGAAAGACCUCUGGGAAGAUGUUUUAAGCAGGGUGAAUGAUACUGGUUUCGAUGGAAAAAAGGCAGACUAAUUUAUAAGGCAACUUAUUUUUACCUAAUCUUAUUGCAUUCUUUGACAAAGUGACAAAAUUAGUGGACCAGAGAAAUGCCCUCAAUAUAGUUUACUUGGA